CUCAGGUGAGACAGAGAACUUACAGGUGUGCUUUUUGACGCUUCAACCUCCAACUGCCUGAGGACAACACAGUGCCGUGCUUGAUUGAGGACCUUACCUUGAAUUAUGUUGGCGGAAACGGAGACGAUAGCUUACGUGACUGAGGUCAGGCUUUGCGGAGGACGAGGAUCCUGGGGUGUGGUGUCGCCCUCCUCCUGCCCUGAGGUGGACCUGGAAGUCAUUGAGGAAUACCUGCAGGAGCAUUCACUGGAGGUCCAGCCUGCACACACACACGCCUCACCUCUGACCAACGACAUGCAGCAUUUGCACUCUCAGCACAGCACCUGGAUCAUAGAAAAUAACUGGUCUGGUCAAUAUGCUUACGAGUGGCACUGGGGAGCUCACACACCAAAUAAAGAAUGUGAGCCACAAGCUGCGCCACCAGCCUGGUUGUGUCCCCACCAGAACCAGUGGAAUCAAGUCGCAUAUCCCGCGUGCAUCGACUCAGACUCUCAGUCUAGUAGCUCCCAGUACAAAGAAUACCAGGAUGCUCCUUCUCCAUCCUCUGAUGGUGAAGGCAGACAGAACCAAGACUCUUUGCUUCUUUCGCCCAUCUCAGGAAAGCGGAAGGAGCGCUUGUUCCAGUUCCUGUUUGAGAUGCUCCAAACGCCGUCGAUGCGAAGUUGCAUCUGGUGGGUCCAGUCAUCAGUUGGCACCUUUCAGUUUUCCUCCCAAAACAAAGAGCACCUGGCAGAGAUUUGGGGCCGCCGAAAGGGGAACCGCAAGAAGAUGACGUACCAAAAAAUGGCGCGAGCCCUGAGGAAUUACUCCCGCACAGGCGAGAUCCAGAAGGUGAAGAGGAAAUUGACGUAUCGGUUUGAUGAGAAGACCCUGAGAGGCCUGCAAGCAGACUUAAAUACAGAAUAGGAAGAAUG